AUGGAGCUGGGCGAGAUGCUCUACAACAAGUCCGAGGUCGCCUUCUUCCCUCUGCACAUCGGGGAUCACGUCUUCAUUGAGGAGGAUUGUGUUGUCAAUGCGGCUCAGAUUGGCUCCUAUGUCCACAUAGGCAAGAACUGUGUCAUUGGUCGCAGGUGUGUGCUGAAAGACUGCUGCAGAAUCCUUGACAACACAGUGUUGCCCCCGGAAACAGUGGUCCCGCCUUUCACCAUCUUCUCUGGCUGUCCAGGGCUCUUCUCGGGGGAGCUGCCUGAGUGCACGCAGGAGCUGAUGAUCGAUGUCACCAAGAGCUACUACCAGAAAUUCCUGCCCCUCACCCAGAUUUGAGAAACUCCUCCUCUGGUGGGGGGCUCAGGACUGGCGUGGCCUAUGUGGGCCUGCAGGCAACUAGCUCCAGAGCUGGCCAGCAGGCCUGCCAAAAGCUUCCCAGUCAGGCCACCUUCCUUGGUGGUGACAUCCUCCCUCCUGGACUGACCAGGCCCUCCUUGCCAGAAGUUCUUCUGGUUUCCUCUAGAUGGUUGGAAGAGGCUGCCUUGUCCUGGCUCCCCUCAAUGUGCUCCAUGAUGGUUUCACUCUAAAUCCGCUUCCUUCUGUUGAGCAGAAGAGUGAAGCACUUGUGUUUGCGGGGUGGGUUGCUGCUCUUGUUCUGGCUGGUCCUUCUCGCUCAAUCACAAUCCUCCCUUGAGGAGGUCCUGGCCAGCCGCCUUGCUGCCGUUUGUUCUGUUCUGGAGCCCCUCGGAGCUUCCCUCGGAUGCUGUCAAGGCGUCUCUUCAGGCCCCAGUUGUGGAAGUGGCUGCAGCCCAAAUCCAGAGCUCUGUUUUGUGGGCUGUUAAUCAAAGCGGAUCUUUUCUCCUUCUAUUUUUUGUGGGGUAACCUGAGCUGGCAGGGCAAGAUCACACCCUUCUCUAAGGAACAGCAACUGCGCCCUCCAACCGAUGGUCACUUUGGAGAAACUGGACAAGAGGAAAGGGCCGUGUGGUCAUUGGGUUGGGGAGAUUAGCUACUUAGGGGGAGAGCAGCUGCCAGGCAAACGAGGUGCAAACGGUCCCUGGGGGAGGUGCAGCCCCUUCCUUGCCCUACCCUCUCUCAGCUCUUCCCAGGGCUUUGCUUUCUUCCCCCACUCCAAUAGGUUAAGCAGCCUAGUCAGGUUGUCUUCGUUCUUUGUCUUCUUGUGCUGCCACUUUCUGCAUGUUAGACGUCAGCUUAAGUUGCUCCAGGCUCUGUGUGUGGGCACACUCACACACCUGUAUGUGUUGGCCUGUGAACCUCCCCUGGGUAUUAACCAUCCAGGGACCAUUGGAGACAUUGUAGGAACCUUUACUCACUGCACAGGUGCUCUUUGGUUUGUAGACCUUUACUUGUAUGUAUAUUAAAGUCUGAAUUGCCCAACCAA